AUGGGGCGUGCAAAAUUGAAGAUGGAACUAAUAACCAAGGAGAAAUCAAGGAAUGCAACAUUCAAGAAAAGGAAAGAAGGUUUAUUGAAAAAGUUGUAUGAAUUCACUACACUUUGCAAUGUGAAUGGACUUAUGAUCAUGUAUGGACCAAAACAAGGCAAUGGAUCAGACUCUAGCCCUGAGAUUUGGACAAAUAGUAGUGGAAGUACUACUACUACAAGCUUACAACAACAAGAGAUUCAGAAUCUAAUCGACGAGUAUAAAAAGGAGAAUAGUUUGCAAUCUGGUAGUACUAAAACCUUUGGAUUGUCUGAUUAUUUUGUUGAUCGAAACAAGAAAGUUGAGGAAGAGUUUAUCAAGUUGAGAAAGAUGAAUAUGGAGAAAAAAUAUCCAUGUUGGCUAGAGUUUAUGGAUCAGUUAUCUGAGUUUAAGUUGAGGGAUUUUUUAACUUUGUUGGAUGACAAAGUUGAAAAUGUGAAGACUAGGAUUAAUAUGCUGAAAGGGAAUUUUAGUGGUGAUUAUAAUUUGAUGGAAGGAGAAAUGAUUGAUUUCGGAGGAGGAGGACAAGCAACAAGAUUAAACCAAUUGACUCAUUAUAAUGACAAUGUUAUGGUCCAAGGAGGAAUGGAAUAUGGAGAUUAUAAUCAAUUGCAAGCUCCAAUUUAUCCUUACUGUAAUUCGAUUGUUAAUCAUCAUCAUCAAGAAAUGAGGAUGUUGAUGAUGAAUGAGAAUGAUUGGCAGUAUAAUAAUGGUGCAUCAUCGUCGUCCUCCGCGGGGAUUGGGAGCAAUAAUAUGAGGUGUGCAUUGAUGAAAUAUGAAACUAUGAUGACUCAUAACAUGAUGGGAACAUUUGCUGUUGAAGUUGCAACUGACUCUGCUGUUGCAGCUCAAGUGCCAUAA